AUGGUAGUAUUUUCGAGGUUCGCCAUAGUGGCCGCGUUGGUUCAGUAUGCCUCGGCUCAAUUUGUCCCUGCGCCGACCGAUUUGAUCACUAAGAAGGGUUAUGCUGGUAUCAAUGUGCGGUAUAAGGAAGUGCCCGCUGGGAUUUGUGAACAAGAUCCGGACGUAAAAAGUUAUUCGGGUUAUGCGGAUGUUGGUGAGAAUGAACAUAUUUUUUGGUGGUUCUUUGAGGCCAGGAAUGAAAACCCAGAAGAGGCACCACUUACAGUCUGGAUCAAUGGAGGGCCGGGAUCAUCGUCAAUGAUUGGAUUGUUUCAAGAAUUGGGGCCCUGUGGAGUUGACUACGAUGGCAAUGUAUACAACAACCCUCAUUCGUGGAGCAACGUGAGCAACAUGAUCUUCAUUGAUCAACCCGCUACAGUCGGCUUAUCAUACACCAUUCCAGUCCCUGCCUACCAGGACGACGAUGGCAAUAUAAUCCAGUUGCCCAACAACACAUGCCCAGAUUACGCUGAGCAGUACGGGACAUGCGGCACGUACUCCAAGUCAGACGUCGGUCUGGUUCCCAACACCACGGCAGGUGCUGCUCCAAACAUGUGGAAAACACUGCAGGGAUUCAUGGGUGCAUUCCCGCAAUACUCUAAGAAUGGUUUCAAUUUCGCUACCGAGAGUUAUGGAGGCCACUAUGGCCCAGUUUUCAACACCUACUUCCUGGAGCAAAAUGUCAAGAAAAUCCCCGGCGCUGUCGACAUCGAGCUUGAGAACGUGUUCAUCGGAAAUGGCUGGUUCGAUCCUCUGAUCCAGUACCAGGCUUACUAUAAUUUCUCUAUUUCCCCCGGUAACACAUACGAUUACGAUCCAUACAAUGCCUCAGUCAAAGCUGAAUGGUACAACAAUCUCUACGGAGAAGGAAACUGCGUUGACCAAACCUUGGAAUGCUACGCCACCGGUCGGAAUGAUAUUUGUUCUGCAGCAGACGACUUCUGCGCCAAUAAAGUGGAGGAGCUUUAUGACAUUUACUCGGGGCGCGACGAGUAUGAUAUGCGUGAACUGAGCUCUGAUCCUUUUCCAUACGAAUUUUAUGUGGAUUACCUCAAUAGUCCAGAGGUUCAAGCCGCGAUUGGUGCGUACCAGAACUUUUCCGAGUACUCUUAUACUGUGGGAAAUGGUUUCGGAAGCACUGGUGAUGAUGACCGUAUGGAUGGAACGAUCGGAGAUGUGAAGGAGUUGAUAGAAUCUGGUGUUCAGGUGGUGAUGUACUUUGGUGAUGCUGACUACAACUGCAACUGGCUCGGUGGUCAGGUCAUUGCGAAAGAGAUUAAUGCUCCGGGGUACGAAGAAGCAGGCUUUGUCAACCUCACCACUUCGGAUGGAAUCGUUCAUGGACAAGUCCGACAAAGUGACCUGUACACGUUCAUUCGCAUUUACGAAUCUGGCCACGAAGUUCCUUUUUACCAGCCUUUGGCUGCGCUGUCUUUCUUUGAGAGGGGAAUCUCUAGAAAGGAUAUUGCCACUGGAAAGAAAAAGAUGAGACAGCAUGGUGGCUAUCGGACUGUGGGAACUCCCACAAGCGAUUACCGAGAAGGUAAUAGCACCAUCGUUUUUAAGGAUCUUUCGAGUGACGCUACAUAUAACACGACCCUCAAUGGACCUAAUCCAUAG